CACGAAUCAAGCAGCCCUGAGUCACAACUGGAAAAGCGCAGGGUUGCAAUUGAUGCAUCUCUGUGUGAACAGGAAAGGGCGGCAGCAAAUCAGGCAGCUUUGAGCUUUGCACGGAUCUUUGAAUGAAAAAUUGGUUUGCUGCAAAUCCUUGUCCGUCAAGAGAAGUGUUGCAGUAGAGCGCGGUAUCGCGUGGUUUCGAUUUUCGGCGUCGAGCAUUGAUUGCAACCAAGGGAUCUGGGGAAGCCGGACCUCGGCAGCGGCAGCCACGCAAGAUGACUUCACCCAUGCAUUGAUACCGCGCCAGCCGCCGGUGCACCCUUCUACCUCCAGCCUAUGUCCAGGGACCGAACUUCAUACUGAAUCACCCACGCACGGGUGCGGCCGCGAAGAUGAUUAAAGAAGCGACGCACAACGCGACCGAGGUGCUGUCGCAGCCCACCAAGUGGCUGAGCAUGUACUCUGACUUCAUCACGAAGAACAGCAGCGCCGUGUCGCAGAUCGAGUCGGCGCUGCGGUCUCUGACGUAUAUCAUUCCUGGACGAUUUAGGGAAUCCGAGAUAGCAUCCGAAUCACUACACUGCGGUGUCCAAUGCCUUUCACUAUACCAUGACUCCCUCCUUGCCAAAGCGAUGGCGCAGAUGCCCGGGACGCGUCGACAGCCGCUCACUCCGCAUCACCGCUACACCAAGUUCUGGACGGAGAAGUCGCCUACGUACAAGCGCAUCGCAACCGUCCUUCAGAUGAUCCAGUACACUGAACUGUUAUGGGAGAUGGCGGCGAAGAGGAAAGGCGAGAAGAUGCGAUGGCGCGUUGUGGUGUUGCUUGAGAUCAUCAAAGCAGUCUGUCGAUUGCUUCUGCUGCGGUUGACAAACUCGAGGCCGCUGCUAUCACCACCUCUACCGCAAAGAGAGAUCGACCCAAGCUCCCUUGAGGACUCUUCGGCUUCUGCUGAUGGCAUGGACACCCCGCCCAGUGAGCGCUUGGUAGAAGCAGAGAACUGGACGAUGCCGAGGACGGGGUUGUCGAUGCCUAGCCUGCCUGAUAGCUCGGACAUCUCAAGCUAUCUCCUAUCCAAGGUCUUGACAGCGGACGAUAUCAAGCCACCGAAAGCUUUGCUCCACCGUGUUAGUGGUAAGGGCGAGCUAGCUGAGGCACUUUACAUCCUGCGACCUGUCGCAUAUGCCCUGGCCAUGCAGCACUUCAGUGGCGACAGAAAGAGUUGGCGGCCAUGGCUGAUCGGCGUAAGCAUAGAAUACGGUGCUAGACAGCUCGCAAAGAAGGAUUUCCAAGAGCGUCUGGCUGGAGGAUUGCGCGGCCUAACCGGUCUUGAGAGGGACGAGCUGAAGAAGCGUGCCUGGGCACUUGGCUGGUGGACGAUGCGCGGCGCUUUCUACGAGAACAUCACAAAAUCCUGGAUUCAUGCCAUCACACAAAAGCUCAAGAGCAAGCCUCUACUUGAUAUCGCGGGCGGUGUCAUUGAGGACUACGAGUUCUUAUGGGACCAGUACUACUUCUCGACCACGACACUGUAACAAAAUUAUCCUACACACUCUUUGUUUGUUUGUUUGGCAUGAACAGCUUCUUAGAUACCAGAUACUUUGUAUGCUUUAUCACUAAUGACAUGAAUCCACGGACGUA